GUCAAGGUUGGCAGAUUGCUGUAUAUAUACUUCUUCCUAUGUACAAAUGACCGUGUUCUCCUUUAAUUAAUACGCUGAUAGUUGGCUGAGAGCGACAGAUUUCUAGGCAAGGACGAAGUACUAGAAGACAGCAACCACAAGGACAUUGCCCCCAAGCAACAAACUUGGUACUAGAUAACAUGAAAGAGUAGCUUCGACGUAGAAGAAACUUUGGCGCCCUUCAAAUCCCAUGGCCGCACUCGGUUCUUCUGUCACAUCCAGAGGCUUGGCACUCCAUACCUCCGUGUGUGUGGUUUUUCUUCAUCGUCGCCACGGGAAUCCAGUGAUCCCGGCCGCACCGUCUCGUCCCCAGCGAAGUCUUGCGAGUGGGUUAACAACGAGUUCUUCAGGCAUGAACAAUGCCUUCCCUAUUAUCAAAGGAACUACACGAAUUCCUGCGGUUGGUCCUGGCCCUGCAAAUCCGCCAGGAGGAAACCUACCGAUACCCAGCAGCAUGCCUCCGUGGGCCAAGUGGGUGGCCGGGGCCGUCAUACUUGCGAUACCUAUCUACAGGAGGUUCAGAACUUUAGAAGACAAGAUAGAGAAGACGGCAGAGGUGGCCAUCGAGGUGGUCGACACGGUGGCGGAGGCGGCGGAGAAGGUCGCCGGCGAGGUCGCCGGCGCGUUUCCCGGCAACGACGGUCUCAGGGAAGCGGCCUCGAAGAUUAAGACGGUCGCGGAUGAGAUCGAGGAAGACGCCGAGAAAGCCGAGGCCCUAAUCGAGAAGGUUGACGAGAUCAAGAAAGAGGUUGAUUCAAUUGUGGAUCCUAUAAUCGACAAGGUUGUCAAGGACAAAGAAAUAUAGAGACAGGUGGUGAACUGAAGAUGUAAACAUUUGUUGGGCUGGUCUGGUUAGGAAUGGAUCCGGAUAUUUAUUCAGAUGUUAAAUUACUUUCGAUUGCAAACAAAUAUGAUAUAUAAUUUGUUAUGUAAAUUUAUAUUGGUGAUUUUAGUAUUAAGCUUAUCAAGAUUCAUAAAAUUUAAAUAUCAAAUAUGUUAUAUAUCA